AUGACCUCAGUGAAACAUCCCCUGCGUAACCUCUUAAAAGAAAUCACAAGGAGGUUAAUUAGAAGAGAAGCAGACGAUGAAGGGGAUUACGAACACAUUUUCCAAUGCAGUAGUCCUGAUAGCACAGACACAGAAGAUGGUGAUAAUGAUAAAUACCAACCUUCUCCAUCACAUCUGCAACAAACGCAUAUCUCCGAACAAGAACCUCCUUCGACCGUACACAUAGUUCCAACACUUCCUGAGAGUGUGAUUACUCAAGAAACUGUUCAACCUUCUCCAACUCUGAAAAAACGAAAGAGAGUGAGUAUGGCAAAAAAGAAAGAAACUGUACCCGAUAAGAUUGUAUACAAUGACGAGGGUGACAUGACUUAUUCGUGCGUGCAUUGUGGUGCUAAAUUUUGGCACUUUCAAAAAUUUAUCAGAAUCUACAACAUGUUGUUCUCUAUGACGUCUCUCGGAGGUAAAACUGAUCGUUCUAUCAAAAAAGGAAAGGGUCCAAACAUGUUUCAGCUGCACGGAGAAAAUUACCACCUAAUUGGAAGUAUGCUUCCAAACCCCGGUGAUUAUGCAAAAUUCUAUCAGAUGUACAUAGUUGAUUCUGAAAAUGAAUUGGACAACAGACUGAAUUUUUUCAGUAAGGGGAAACACGCAUCCAAGCCAGAUAAGAAGAAUAGACUCAGGAAGGACAUCAUUGAUGCGCUGACAAAGAUGCUCGACGAUGUCAACCCCUAUGUCAAGAAUUUCAGGACUGCAAGAGAAAGAUUCAACACUAAUCCUCAAGAUAGUUUUCAUAUGAGGAUAAUUAGUGAUCGUGUUACAGAUGGUAGAACUUACAAUGUUCCAACUGUGUCUGAGGUUGCUGCAAUUAUUCCCGGAGAUUUCAAUUUAGAAAUGGGUACAAGACGGGAUAUUGUUCUAGAGAAACGAUCAGGCAAGCUGCGACGGAUAAGCGAAAUCCAUCCAGCCUACAUACCACUGCAAUAUCCUCUGGGGUUUUCUUAUGGAGAAGAUGGUUUCCGACUUGGAAUUAAGAAAGCCAAUGUUGAAGCUUCUAAGAAGACGAAAAAGGAAAACAUCAGCGUUAGACAGUUUUUUGCGUAUCGUCUAAUGGUUAGACCAAACGAGUCAAAUCACUUGCUACACUCUAGGAGAUUGUUCCAGCAGUAUCUGGUUGAUACCUACACUAUGAUAGAGUCUAACAGAUUAUCCUACUUGAGAUUGAACCAGACAAGUUUGAGGUCUGAUAGCUAUGACUCUAUCAAACAAGCGGAAGACCACGGUGUUAUUGAAAUGGAUGAACAAGGCAAUAAAUUUCUGCUACCUGCGAGUUUCACUGGUGGACCAAGAUACAUGAGGGAGUUGUAUUUUGACGCCAUGGCCAUUUGUAGACAUCAUGGAUUUCCAGAUCUUUUCAUUACUUUUACAUGCAAUCCUAAAUGGCCAGAAAUAUCAAGGAACUUAUUACAAGGGAACUCGCAGGGACCCGUUGAUGAUAGGAUUUUACGGUGGAUGUGA